UGGGCCCAGCACACCAUGCCAUGCUCGAAAGCCCAGCCUGAAAGCUGAAGGUCCUGCCCCAGGGGAGCCCUCGGCAGCUGCCUGGUGAUUCUCACUCUGAGCCUGAGCUGUGUGAGCAGAUCCUCAACAUGAGUUACAGCCUGUGCCUGAUCGCACUCUGCCUAAGUCUCUUCGCUGAAAGGAUGUGUGUCCAUGGGAACCAGUUUCACCUCGAGGUCAGCAGAAGUGACAAGCUUUCUCUCCCUGGCUUUGACAACCUCACAGCAGGAUACAACAAAUUCCUCAGGCCCAAUUUUGGCGGUGAACCAGUUCAGAUAGCAGUGACCCUCGACAUUGCCAGCAUUUCUAGCAUUUCAGAGAGUAACAUGGACUACACAGCCACCAUAUAUCUCCGGGAGCGCUGGAUGGAUCAGCGGCUGGUGUUUGAAGGCAACAAGAGCUUCACUCUGGAUGCACGCCUUGUAGAGUUUCUCUGGGUCCCUGACACUUACAUCGUGGAGUCCAAGACAUCCUUCCUGCAUGAAGUCACAGUGGGCAACAGGCUCAUUCGCCUCUUCUCCAAUGGCACAGUGCUGUAUGCUCUCAGAAUCACAACAACUGUUGGAUGUAACAUGGAUUUGUCGAAAUACCCCAUGGACACACAGACGUGCAAAUUGCAGCUGGAAAGCUGGGGCUAUGAUGGGAACGACGUGGAGUUCAUGUGGCUGAGAGGCAAUGACUCUGUGCGUGGGCUGGAAAACCUGCGGCUUGCUCAGUACACCAUCCAACGGUACUUCACCUUCGUCACCCAGUCACAGCAGGAAACAGGAAAUUAUACGCGCUUGGUCUUGCAAUUUGAGCUCCGGAGGAAUGUCCUGUAUUUCAUUUUGGAAACCUAUGUUCCCUCCACGUUCCUGGUGGUGUUAUCCUGGGUUUCGUUUUGGAUCUCCCUUGACUCCGUUCCUGCGAGAACCUGCAUUGGCGUGACCACCGUGUUAUCAAUGACCACGCUGAUGAUCGGGUCCCGCACUUCUCUUCCCAACACUAACUGCUUCAUAAAGGCCAUCGAUGUAUACCUGGGGAUCUGCUUCAGCUUCGUGUUUGGGGCCUUACUGGAAUAUGCUGUUGCCCACUACAGCUCCUUACAGCAAAUGGCGGCCAAAGACAAAGGGACAGCAAAGGAAGUGGAUGAAGUCAAUAUUUCUAACAUCAUCAACAGCUCCAUUUCGAGCUUUAAACGGAAGAUCAGCUUUGCCAGCAUUGAAAUCUCCAGUGACAAAGUCGACUACAGUGACCUGACAAUGAAAGCAAGUGACAAGUUCAAGUUCGUCUUCAGAGAUAAAAUGGGCAGGAUCAUGGAUUAUUUUACAAUUCAAAACCCCAGUAAUGUGGAUCGAUAUUCCAAAUUACUGUUUCCUUUGGUCUUUAUGCUGGCCAAUGUAUUUUACUGGGCAUACUACAUGUAUUUUUGAGAGUCCAAUCUGAAAUGUUUUGCAUGCUGCUGGUUUUCAACAGAAUGAGAUAAUGGUGUAAAUGGUAUUCUGAUCCAAAUAUGUACUCUAACCCACUGGUGCUCCAAGUGACUAAAAAAGAAAAAUUAUUUUUGAGUAUGUCUCUGGAAACAGUGGACCCCAAACCAUUAUUCUAAGUUGUGCAGAUCUCCUAGCGUUCCACAGAGUCUUUGCAUAGAAACACCAGUCUACUCCUCUUGUAACUUGCUGGGGGACAUUCCCACAAGCCUGAGACGACAGGCCGACUCAGAGCAGACUUUCAGUCAGUGGCUCUGUGUCUUGUUUCUGUCGUUGCUGGUACUUGCUGCGGAGUCACGUCCAACUCCCAGUGAGCCGUGUGCGCAAGAAAGACUCUACUACACAGGGUUUGCAAGCAGAAAGACGAAGGCUUUCUUCUGAGGCACCUCUGCUGGGGUCCGAAAUGCCAACCUUGCAUGUAGCCAUUGGGUACUUGGCCAUUUGUGUUGCCCAGGGGCUGCAGUCUGCAUUGAUCUCUUAGAUCUAAAAAUGGGGAGGAGGCCAUUGUGGGUAUUAGGUUACCCUCAAGUGCCAAGGGUUGUUUCAAAGUGAAUAAUACAUGGUAUGUACAAAAUUUCUGUUGUGCUUAUCAAAUGCCCAGUUACCUGUUUAUAGAGUAACAUCUCCUAGUUGUUUGGGCUUUUUUAUUAUUCAAAUGAAAUGUGGGCCUGCAUUGAUUCGCUGGAAGUCACAGCACUUACUUCACAUCAACAUGAGUAUUAAUGAACACCGCAGCAGAAUUGUCCCCAAAUUGCAUUAAGUCCUACCACUGAGAAUUCAGAAGCAAGUGAUUAUAGAAAAAUGUAGCGAUUCAGUAGUCUCAGGUGUAAACCCCUUGCUUCCAAGAUAGAAAGGCUUUCUCAGACUGGAGGGAUCCUGGCAGCUUAUUCCCCUACUGGAUAGCUUAUCAUUUUACUAUUGUACACAUACUGGCAUGUGUAUAACAAAUAGUACACUGCCAAAGCCCUUCCCUCACAUCAGGGAUGGAAAUGGGAAAAAGUUUUACUUGCCUGUUUUAGGAGUCUCACGCCAGAUGUUGCCAUGAAGACUUGCAGAAUCAAGCCCAUGUUCCAGCGGCCUUUAUUCAUAUACUGUGAGGUGCUAAAGGCAUUGAAUUGAUAAGUUCACAGAGUCCCCUGUCAUUUCUACUACACCUACCCUUAGCAACACUCAGGGCAUCCUUCUGAAAGGAACAUCUAGCCCUGUACUCCAGUGAAUGGCCAGGAAUGACCCUUGUUAGGUAACCAGCUGCCCUGCCCAGAAGCAAGUGGCUUGAUCAGACCCCAAUGGUCUAGCUGGUCUCCUUCGAGUGGCACAUUGUUGCAUGAGCCACAUGGAGGGUGUCAGCCCUGAAUUCUGAACUGAGUAACAUUGGACAUGCUGCAGAACCUGCUUUUAGAAUGCAGACCAGGCAUCUUCUCCAAGUCCACCCACUCUCCCUUAACAUAAGAAACACAAGUGUGCACCUUCCCCUACUCUUUGGGCAAGCUCAGCCACAACUCCAAAACUGUUGCUUUGUGAGCAUACCAAGGUAAAGGGUUCAGACUCAAUCAUUUUAAAUAACCACUCCAUCUUCAAUUCCUUAGCUCCUUUUUCUAAUAGGUGCACACUUUUACCACAGCCCCACUUUCUAGUAAGCCAUGUCUCUAGAAGAUCAUUUGUUUUUCAGCAAGCCAAGAAAAUGGAACAGACCAAGUGCCAAAGAGCUGUUCUUAACCACAGACACCACAAACUCUUACUCUUUUCCCCAUGAGUAUACUUAGCACGAUUCCGUUUCUAUGGAUUAGGUCACCUGAGUUUUAAAAAGUAAAAUGUUUGUAAUGGGAAUGGGGAUUAAAAGAGGUGGAAUGUAACUAUACGCCCCAUUGUGUUUAUGACCCAAAAAGGAAAAGGUUGGAAAGGAAAUACUUUCUCUCUUGAACCUUUAUCCAAACAUGAUAUCAACCUAACUAUAAGGAUAUGUGCAACUGUGAAAUAAAUACAUCUUAUUACCUGUCAA